GAAGUGCGUCUUCGACAUGGUGCUCGGCAGGGAAUUCCUCAAGCAGACAAAGACGCUGACCUAUUUCUGCCACCGCAUCGUCACCCGGCUGCGGCCCUGCCUACAGAGAGGGGGCCGUCUGUUCCUGCUGGACAAGUCCCCAAAGAUCUCAUCCGCUGCACCGUCGACGGCAUCGACGCGGCAGCGUUUCCCGACACGGGGUCCGACCUGAUGCUUGUGUCGGGCGACUUUGCGCGCCGCCACGGCUUCAAGAUGCACCACGGAAACAAAUACCGGCGCCAUUUCGAGGUUGCUAACGGCUCCUACAUCCGCACGGACGGCAUGGUCCUCGGCGCUGAGCUAGAGUUUGACGCGCCGCCCAUGACUUCACCUCGCGAACUAGAUUGGGAACAGUACUCCAAAUACGACCGCACACUUUCAGAGCUCCUGGACAAGGGAGGCGGAGCAGCGUCUUCGAGAACGAAGUCGACCUUCACCUGUGACCUGUACGUCGUCGAGAACCUACCCUGUGACAUCAUCCUCAGCAGCAACUUCAUCUUCGACAACCACGUUCUUUCGCGCUUCGAGCAUCUCUUUUCUUCCAAACAGCCUCUCGCACACCGCACCUCACAUCACGCCACCCCAUCGUCGUGCGGCAGCAAGAUGAACUUCAGCGACUGCCUGUUAUUCAUGCGAAUCCGCAGCAACAAGGCCAGCAAAAAUAAAAAAUGGUCGUGGUUAUCCUGGGGCUGGCGAGGCCCACCGCCCACGCCGCCACCGCCCAAUGGCAUCCCGCUCCAGAACGGCCCGACGUGGGAGGAGCUUUUGGAGGCCGAGGAGGCGCGGCGCAACCAGAUGCAGCUACGGAUUGGAUCGUUGCCGGAAUCGUCAAACUACAAGGCGGAUAUGCAGCAGGCCGAGGUGCAGCGGCAGGCGGCCUGGGAUACAGACCAUCCGCGUCCUCCGCCGCCAGUGCCUCGAGGAACUCGUUUCGGCUCCUCCAGCUCGUUGUUGGCGUCUGGGGCCACUGUUCCUCUGCCUGCGGUACUUGUAUUGGGGCCGGGACAGAACUCGGCUGGAGGGUAGUGAGUCGAUUGGAGGCCAUGAUUGUUCGACCGAAAUCGAGGACGAGAACGGCAGUUAUGAUAUUUAGCGUCGUUUUUGCGUUUUGCCAUUCUUAUCUAAGUUGACUUCAGGUCUAGUAGAUA